AUGACGACCAAAUUUGUUCCACAUUUAAGAAGCAUCUCAAGCUUUCUUCCAUGUCCCCCACCAGUAAUUAAGACCCCAGUACCCGUACUCCAAGUAUCACAUUCAACCGAUCCUGGACAAAAUAAUGUAUUUACUGUUUCCGGAAAAUUUACAAAAGAUGUUACCGAUCAAACCAAACUUGCGGUUGCAUUUGUUAAUAGUAGUAAUAAACUUGUAGAAGAUCCUACUACAGUUCCUGCUUGUACUGGAAGUGGAUGUCCAAUUAAAGCUGGUGACCAAUAUACUCAAACGAUGGAAAUUCACGAACCAGGAAACUUAACUUUUGAUUACAUUUUGGCAUUUGGUGUCGGAAAUUCAGUAACUGAUCUUUUAGGCUGUGCAUAUGCUCUUGUUCUUGGGUGA